AUGAAAUAUAAAACCUUGAGGGAUUUUGUAUCAGAAACAGGUGAAACUAUUGAAUAUGAAUCAUAUAUUAUACCUGAUGACAUGUUAGAAGAAGGUCAAUUAAGAUUAUUAGAUACUGAUACUUCUAUUGUUGUACCUGUUGAUACUCAUAUAAGAUUCUUAGUAACUGCUAACGAUGUUAUACAUUGUUUCACUAUACCUUCAUUAGGUAUAAAAUUAGAUGCUACUCCUGGUCGUCUUAACCAAGUUAGUGCUUUAAUUCAAAGAACUGGUGUUUAUUAUGGUCAAUGUAGUGAAUUAUGUGGUGUUAACCACGCUUUAAUGCCUAUAAAAUUAGAAUGUGUAUCUAUUAACGAUUUCAUAGAAUGA